CGAGAACCGCACUCGGGCCGCCGCCGCCGCCAGGCAUCGGCCGCGCUCCGCCAAGGCCGCCGCCGCCUCCCUCCGUCUCCGGCUUCUCUACCGGGAGCGCCAAGGGAUAUGUCCUCAGCACCAACUACUCCUCCAUCAGUGGAUAAAGUAGACGGAUUUUCUCGGAAGUCCGUCAGAAAAGCCAGACAGAAGAGGUCACAAAGCUCCUCCCAGUUCAGGUCUCAGGGCAAGCCUAUCGAGUUAACUCCCCUGCCUCUGCUAAAAGACGUUCCAUCUUCAGAGCAGCCUGAACUGUUCCUAAAGAAACUUCAACAGUGCUGUGUCAUUUUUGACUUCAUGGACACGCUUUCAGACCUUAAAAUGAAAGAAUACAAGCGCUCCACUCUUAAUGAACUGGUGGACUACAUUACAAUAAGCAGAGGCUGUUUGACAGAGCAGACUUACCCUGAAGUAGUUAGAAUGGUAUCUUGCAAUAUCUUCAGAACUCUCCCACCUAGUGACAGCAAUGAAUUUGAUCCAGAAGAAGAUGAGCCCACCCUGGAGGCAUCGUGGCCGCACUUACAGCUUGUAUAUGAGUUUUUCAUACGAUUUUUGGAAAGCCAAGAAUUUCAGCCCAGCAUUGCCAAAAAGUACAUAGAUCAGAAAUUUGUAUUGCAGCUGUUGGAGCUGUUUGACAGUGAAGACCCUCGGGAACGAGACUACCUAAAAACAGUCUUGCACAGAAUUUAUGGCAAGUUCCUGGGCCUUAGAGCAUUUAUCCGAAAACAGAUUAAUAAUAUUUUUCUACGAUUUGUUUAUGAAACUGAACACUUCAAUGGCGUAGCUGAGCUGUUGGAAAUUUUAGGAAGUAUUAUCAAUGGUUUUGCUUUACCUCUCAAGGCAGAGCAUAAACAGUUUCUGGUGAAGGUGCUGAUCCCUUUACACACAGUCAGGAGUUUAUCACUCUUCCAUGCACAGCUGGCGUAUUGCAUAGUACAGUUUCUGGAGAAGGACCCCUCACUCACAGAACCAGUCAUUAGAGGCUUAAUGAAAUUCUGGCCAAAAACCUGCAGUCAGAAAGAGGUCAUGUUCCUAGGAGAGCUGGAGGAAAUCUUGGAUGUAAUUGAACCAUCACAAUUUGUCAAAAUCCAGGAACCUUUGUUUAAACAAAUUGCCAAGUGUGUCUCUAGCCCUCAUUUUCAGGUGGCUGAAAGAGCGCUGUAUUAUUGGAAUAAUGAAUACAUCAUGAGUUUGAUAGAGGAGAACUCAAAUGUUAUACUUCCCAUCAUGUUUUCCAGCCUUUACAGGAUUUCUAAAGAGCACUGGAAUCCGGCUAUUGUGGCUUUAGUCUACAAUGUGUUGAAGGCAUUUAUGGAAAUGAACAGCACCAUGUUUGACGAGCUGACAGCCACUUACAAGUCAGAUCGUCAGCGUGAGAAGAAGAAAGAGAAAGAGCGUGAAGAACUGUGGAAAAAACUGGAGGAUUUGGAAUUAAAGAGAGGUCUUAGACGUGAUGGAAUAAUUCCAACUUAACAAAAAUACAAAACAGCAUUAUUAACCUGUGGAGUCACACAUUUAUGUAGUAGAAGAUGGAGCAACAGUUUUCUGUAUUGUGCAACUUUACAGUAGAUUUCACAUUUGUUUCAUUAUUACAACAGCACUGUAUAUACCUGUCUCUAAGUAAAGGAAAAAAAUAAGGACUUUAAUCCAAAGUUUGGACAACAGAUGGACUUCUCAGAACUUUGCAAACAUAAUCAUUGUUUUAACCCUUCUUUAAAACCAGUCUUCAAAGAUCUGUUGAUGAAAAUUGCAAUGUCAGAUUCCAUUGUCAGGACCUGUUCCUUAUUUAUCGUUAGCAGAGAGUAUAAUACAACUUUCAAAUGUGAACAAUCUUAAAAUUUAGCUUGUCUUUCUGCUAAACUGUUACGUGUAUUUAUAGUAAAAGAGAAAAAAAGACUGUCAUUUCCUUAUGAGUUUGUGUAACAUCCUCCUUCUCUGGAUAACUUUACUGUAAUUUGACUUUCUUUUCCUUUUGCAUAUCUUCAUAAGUUGAAUGUCCAUUCAGAUCAGGGCCAUGAAAAACAUUGGUCCUGAAUAAAAGUUUUGUUUACUGGUGUGAGCAUUUUUUUAGUACCAGGCUGUCUCUGGUGCUUCCUUAAUUUGAACAUUAGGAAUUAAAAGAUGAGUAGGUGAUAAACAUAGUAGGAAAGGGAGCUUUGGAUUCGUGCACCUAUUUAUUGCAAAUCCAAAUUACUGUCCACAAUCCAUGGAAAAAUAAAAAAAAAGGGCAGUGGUAACACCCUGGACUUCAGUACCUAACCAGUAUUAGUGAUGCAGCAUUGGACACACGAACCAGAGUUGGUUUAGAAACACCAAUUGCUAAAUUAUUACAGUAUGUUCUUAUUGGACCAUUCUGAAAGAAUAAAACAACACAAGCAUGAAAUUGAUCUCCAGUGGUCAUGGAUCUAAUUGGAAAUUGAGUUGAGAUAGCAGUUUGGACAGUUUGGAGUUGUUGCCUUACUUUUUAAUAUGUAUUUAUAAAGUGUUCCAGCAAAAGAGGAUGUAGCCUCUAAGAAACAUACUCUAGUGUUUUUGUGGUUCUAGUACUAUUACUCAUCACAGUACCAGCCCUGUGGUCUUAGCUGGAAAGGAUUCUGGAUAAUACACUUCUGCAUUCUCAUCUGGAUGCUCAUUCCUAACUACUGUAUUUGUUACCAAAAGUGGUUCUACAAAUGCUACUGAGAAAAAAAAAUUCUGGAAAUCCUAAUGUUCUGAGUAUUAAUAAUAAAGUUUAAAAUGCUUUUAUAUCAAAGGUGCAUUGUGACCAAAUUGUUUAAAACAAAAGAGGAAAAAAAAAUACAAAAACAAAGAAGAGGGCUGUAUUAUAAGUAUACAUUAUUGGCUAUCUGCUUUGUAUUUGAAAGUGGAAUCUUACAUCUUUGGUAGGUAAAAUGCUGAUAAGACUUCUGUACAGUAUAUAUUUAGUUAAUGCAGUUGCAUUAUUCUAUACCGGAAGGUAUGUGUUUCAGGAUUUUUCUCCAGGAUGCUUUUGAACUGUUAUAGACAUAUGACAACAGUGAAUUGAUAAUCCUAAACCAUCAAUCCAGCAGUAUUUACAGUAUAAAAAUGAAUUGGUGUUCAUGAGUCUUUGUGAUAGUUGCAAACAUGAAUUUAUGACCUGUUGCCAUUGAUAGAAAUACAGUAUAAAUACAAGCUUGUAUAUUUUUCUUCCUACCAUUUAAAUAUACAGUAGGAUUUGAAGUUUUCUUGUUUUCAGGCACGGAAAAAAAAAAAUUAAAAAAGAAUUCCCUCCUAGACUACUGACUGUUUCAGGAUUAUCAGGUCACAGUUUGUACUCCUGGGUCUGCACACACAAAUGUUGUAAACUCAAGGCUUUGUAAGAACUUGACACUGUUAAUUCUGGAAAGAAAAAAAAAGUGGAACUAGUCAUAUGCAACACCAAACACAACAUGAUUUAAUGGGAUUACUAUGAGCUUCUUUUAAGAACAUUGACUGGGACUCAAUGUAAAUUAGGCAGUUACUGUCAUAGUUGAAACAUUUUAUUUUAAAGUGCUGAAGCAAAGGUGCAAGCUGAAAUACUGAAGAUUAAAUAAAUUUAUAACAAAUCAUGUCCCUUAGCCCAUUGAUUUUGACAGUCUUUUAUUUCUGUUACCAAGAAAGCAAACUUGCUAGUGUGAUUUCUGUGUGAAAUGAUCAUUUCACAGUACAAGAGGGUGGACUCAAACUCAUGCUCAAAGACUAUGUUCCAUUGUGAAAAACUGAGAAAGAACGGAGGAAUAAAACUUGAUGUUCUUCACCUGGUGGAGUAAAACACAACAAUGUGAAAUUAGAAAAAGCACCUUGUCCUGUACUUAGAGUUUAGGUGAGUGUUGUUUGUUCAUAACUAUUUUUGGUUCUGCCAUGUCAUUCUACUCUUGAUCAUACAAAACUGACCAGACCCUGGUGGGUUGCAAUAUUUCGUGGCCUCCGCCGCGGGGACAGCGGGGAGUGUCUGCUGUUUAGAUGAUUUAUCACUUCUGAGAAGGAAUGUUCCUUCAAGGAGGAGGAGGUGAUGGGCUGUUGUAUGAAGUCACUUGACUCUAAAGGCUGGGUGAAGCACCUGAAGAUGCACCUGCAGCCAGGACCCCGCGUGUGCCGCAGCCCCAGCGCCGCGCCCGGCCCCGCAGGGCUGGAGCUGCCCCAGGAGGAAGAGGAAGGCAGCCCGAGGGCCCGAGUGUGAUCAGUGCAUCAUAAAUUACACUUUUGUUUGUUUGCUUCUUGAGUUCCACAAGCCACCUUGGUUGGUGUCAGUGUUGUUGGUGACUGCUCGUGCGGCAGCGUUGGGUGGUCCUGCGUGUCCUGGGCCACAUUGGUCUCAGGGGAAGGGUUGGGCACUGCUGCUCACGGGAAGGAGCUGCGAGGGCAUUGGGGCAUGGGGAUGUAACAACUGUGCAAGUAAAGUUCCUCUCAUACACUCUGAA